AUUGCUAUAACUCGACCAUUGUAAAAAUACUGAGUCAUUCGUAUGUUAGUGGCGAAGUAGUGUUCAUCUAAAAUGGGGCGUGUAAUGUAACUCUUCGUGCGAACCCCGACGACGAAAUCAUUCCAUCCAGCCGUCGAAGCCGUGUUCUCGGGGGUUUGGGAUUGUGAUUUUGUAUAAAUCUACAUAGUAUUGUGCCAACACCUAAAUUAAACGAAGAAAAAGUGAAACGAUCGAGCCGACCGCAAAGCUGCUCUUAGGAUCUGCCGAGCCCGCAUUAUCUGUGAUAUACAGCUCAGCCUCUCGUCCGUCCUAUAAGGGCUGGGCCAAUCGGGGCUAGAGGCGCGUCCGAAGCAGCUUCCAGCGGUGAUCUCACCUUGCCCUCUGCCAUAGAGGCACAAAACACUGCUACCUGCUUUAUUGACUGCAUCACUACGAACCAUUGUUACUUAGUUUAUAAUUGAAACAAUAUGCAAUCUGUGAAAAUAAGUAUAAUACUAGGUGGAUAUUGUAGAAAAUUAUUCUAUUUAUAAUAAUUGUCUGAUGUCUAAUGUUUCUGUAAUAAUAUGUGUUCCACAUUUAAUUAAGGAUAAUUGUUACUCCAAUAUUGAUACUGUUACCGAACCAAUGCAAUGUAAUUGUACCACCUCAAUGUUGGUGGUGAACACAAAUUUUGGUGCUUAUAAGCGAGUUGAAGAGAAGAAUGAAAGUCAGCGAGUUAGUGUAAAAAUGGUAGAUAAUAAUAUUUAUAAUGUAGAAUUUGUUGAUAGUAUCCAACAAAACCAAAUGAUUGGCGAAACGCCUAACUACUGCAUUCCUUUAAAGAAUAACGCCAUAACAGUCCAGGGUAUCUCUUACAGUGACCCGUAUUUCAGUAGCUUUAACUUAAAGUAUAAGAUGGCGUUAGAAGCGCCAGAGUAUAUGAACAAGGCUGAUUACGCUUUUAAAUCCUCAGUUUGUAUUUUAAAAGAUGAGCCUUGCAUUGAUAAGAUGCAACUAGAUAACGAAAAGUACGCUCACAAAUUGAUAUCGAAAACAAAACCUCGAAUGAUUACUUAUGACAAAUCUGUAGCCAACCAUGACAAUAAGAUAUUGGAAGUUGGCAGCAAGUCACCAACACGAUCAGUAUUGAAAACUUUUGCUAAUGGCGACCUUACAAUGGAUGCUAUGCUGGAGUUAUUACAAAAUGAAGGAAAAAAGAUCAAGCAAAUGUAUAAGAGUGACAUGGAUUCAUGGGGAGUCCCACGUCAAUUAAGGCUUCGAGGAGGAGGGGAAACCUCACUUAACGCUGCAAGUGGCUGGGGUAGCCCACCUGCUUCCAAUACUGCUGGAAACUGGAGUGGUAAUUCCAGUGGCCAAUCCAAUAAUGGAACAAACAAUACUCAACAGUGGAACAAUACCAACAGGCCACCCACCUCUCAAGCUGACAUGAACAGCAACAAGGGUAAUGGUAGUCAAAUUCCACCAACCAGUGCAGCAUCUCAAAGUUGGCAGAGCUCUCCACCUAAUAUGCCAAAUGCACAAACCAAUAAUAAUGGUGCACCUACAAAUAAUGGUACAAAUAAUGCUGUCAAUGGGAACAAUGGAAGCAACCCAUCAAAUAAUGUUACAAGUUCCAAUGGCCCCAGUGGUGGAAAUGGAAAUGGUAAUAGUACCAACAAUACAUCUUCAGCAAAAAUUGAGCAAUUGAACUCAAUGAGGGAAGCUUUAUUUAGCCAGGAUGGUUGGGGAGGUCAACAUGUCAACCAAGAUACAAAUUGGGAUGUACCUGGAUCACCAGAACCAGGUUCGAAAGUGGAACCAGCAGCUUCCGGGCAACCUGCUUGGAAACCAAAUGUCAAUAAUGGUGCUUUCCUCGGAACUGAUUUAUGGGAAGCCAACUUAAGAAAUGGAGGUCAGCCUCCACCACCUCCGGCGACGAAGACCCCAUGGGGUCACACUCCGACAACGAAUAUCGGAGGUACAUGGGGAGAAGACGACGAUGCAUCAGAUUCUGCUAAUGUAUGGAACGGUCCACCGCCCGCCCAGCAAUGGCCGGCUGGUCCUCCACAACACACCCAGCAGUGGGGGGUUCCCAAGAAGGAUGAUUGGAACGCCUGGGGUGAGCCUCAUAGGCCGGCAGAUCCACGUCUGGAUCCGCACCGCACACCAGACCCACGUCAACAGCCGUCGGACCCCCGACAUGACAUUCGUGGAGGCAUAUCCGGUCGUCUGAACGGCGACAUGUGGAGCCAACACCAUCAACACCCUGCUGGACCCAAUAAAAUGAUGCCCAGCGGAGGCGUUAGUCAGUGGGGCGGACAGGGUCCUAAAGAAGCGAUUAAAUCUGCCGGCUGGGAGGAGCCGUCUCCACCAGCGGCUCGUCGUGGAGGCACCGGGUUUGACGACGGCACGUCUCUCUGGGCCCAGCGUGGAAUGGGUGGUAUGUCUCGCGGAGCGCCUCAGGGCCCGCCGCCUUCUCAGCGCAUGGCUCCAGCUCCUACUAAGCCUGACGGUGUGUGGGCCGCCCACGCCCAACGCAACGGUCCGUGGGAAGAAUCACACGGCUGGGGCGAACGCGACGUUCACUGCUCCUGGCAAGACCCCAGCGGGCCGACACUUUGGCCCGUACCCAAACCGAAGCCCAGCGGCCCGGCGGCAGCCUGGCCUGACGACAUCGGCGAGUGGGGAGGCCCAAAGCCACCACCGAGCGGAGCUCUGGGUAAACAACUGCCCAAGGAAGUGGUGUGGAAUAGUAAGCAGUUCAGAUAUUUAGUCGAGAUGGGCUACAAGAAAGAGGAGGCCGAAGCUGCACUCCGCAGUCGCGACAUGAACGCGGAAGAGGCACUGGACAUGUUGGCGGCGGCGCGAGGCGACUGCUGGAGGCGAGAUGACAAUUUCCACUCGGGUGGUUUCCCGCCGCAGCCCUCCGUGCCGGCCGUCUCACCAGCUGUGGUACAGAAGCUGCUCAACCAGCAGCCGCCGCCAGCAGUUCAGCAUCACCCUUCGUACAACCCCAAUAGUGGAACGGGCAGCAGCGGCCAACCGAGCACUGCUCAACUGCGCAUGCUGGUUCAGCAGAUCCAAAUGGCAGUGUCUGCGGGUUACUUAAACCAUCAGAUAUUGAACCAGCCGUUGGCACCACAGACACUGGUGCUGCUCAACCAGCUAUUGCAGCAAAUAAAAGUCCUGCAGCAACUUGUCAACCAGCACCAGCUGGCCAUACCGAAAGCGAACUCCACUUUGACGUUACAAUAUUCCAUGCAAAUAACUAAAGCUAAACAACAGAUUCAAGCCUUACAGAACCAAAUCACAACUCAACAAGCGCUGUACAUGAAGCAGCAAGCUGCAGCAUCAGAUCUGUUUAAGCAGCCCCAUGACCAUUUGUCAAACAUGCAGCAAAACUUUAGCGAGAUGGCUAUCUCAAAGGAUUCUCAGUCUGGUUUUGGUAGUAGCGGUAACCAGCAGUCCCGCUUGAACCAGUGGAAGCUUCCAUCGUUGGAUAAAGACGGUGAGGGUACCGACUUCAGCCGCGCCCCCGGCACCGCCAAGUCUACCACGAGCCCGCAACUCAAUCAGAUUAGUUUGCAGCCUGAUACUACCUGGGGUAUGGGUCGCUCGGAAGGUUGGGGCGAUGGUUCAGAUGUGGCAGACGGAAAAGACGCCUGGCCCUCACACCCCUCGCAUCCGCCCGCAUACGACCUGGUCCCUGAGUUCGAACCUGGGAAGCCUUGGAAGGGCAAUCAAAUGAAGAAUGUAGAAGACGACCCAGCCAUGACACCUGGAUCAGUCGUACGUUCACCGAUAUCUUUGACCAAUAUCAAGGACAGCGACAUGCUCGGAGGAAAGACUUCGCCGCCCGGCGGCGAGAGGACGCUAUCCUCCGCCACGUGGAGCUACGCCCCGCCAGCCACCAGCGCCGGCGGACUCAAGCCGCUAGACGUUUGGGGGGCUAAGCCCCGUCCCGCCCCGCCUGGACUCAAUAAGUGGCCACAGCACCACGUCAACUCCCGUGCUGCCCCCUCGUGGCAGACAUCUACCUGGCUGCUUUUGAGAAAUCUCACUGCUCAGAUCGACGGAUCAACUUUGAAGACUUUAUGUGUGCAACACGGCCCGUUGCAAAACUUCCACCUCUACCUCAACCAGGGACUCGCUCUCGCUCGCUACUCGACUCGCGAAGAGGCGGCUAAGGCCCAGAUGGCAUUAAACAACUGCGUUCUAAGCAACACGACUAUCUUCGCGGAGUCGCCGGCCGAGUCUGACGUGCAGCUGAUACUGCAACACCUGGGCUCUGGCGGUGGCGGCGCCUGGCGCGGAGGAGCCUCUAAGGACGGCUGGAACGGCGCCUUCCCCGGCCUGUGGCAGGAACAGCACGAGCAGCGCGCGACUCCGUCGUCGCUGAACUCGUUCCUGCCGCCGGACCUGCUCGGCGGCGAGUCCAUCUAAGCGCUGACUCCGGCGCCCACGGGCUCGGACGACCCCCGGGAGCUGGCCGUCCGCCUGGCCGAGUCCUGCCUGUCCGUGUCCUGAGCACCGGAGCCACUCUGUCUAGUUGUAUUACGCUUUACCGUCCCCGCGGGGGAGGACUACUUAUAUUAAUCGCCUAGUCACGUCGCCGGACGCGUCGCGCCGUAGCGCUCUCAGCCGACUGUCCUAUACUAUAGUCUACUGUUUCGUAAGUGUUCAUGUAGAUUUAGUGUGAUUAAUGAUCGUUGUUAGGGCGGCGAGGCGCGCCGCGUGUAACCAAAUAGCGUGAGGUGUCGGAGUAGAGUAGUUGAGUCGCGGGCUACCUCAGUCACACGUCCCGUGGCCUUAUGUUAGUCUGUAUUUAUUUUUGUUGCUCUCGAGGGCUGUUGCUGUUACGUCUUCGAGCUGUUGCGUUCCGAUUUUCUUUCGUGUUUUUUGUGGUUUUAUCUCAUACGCUGUCGUAUUAUAUGAUUAUUUAUUCCGUUUUUAAAUUUUCACUCGAGACGAGUCUUCGUUUUUUCUUAUAGUGAUAUUUUUAUUCAGCAAUAAAAUAAAAAAAAUUACGUGCAUUUCGCCCGAAUCGAAAGUUUUUAUUAUAUUAGUUGUAAUUGUAACGAAUAUAACAAACUCGUAACGGAUGAGAUUGGAAGUGCUUAGUGCGUACCGCGUAGUGCCGUAGCGUCUAGCACCGUAGCGUCUCCUCGGCCGCAGUCUUGCCGCGGGCUCGGCCUCCGCCGAUGCUAAUGUUUCCCCAAAUUUUUUCCAGUAUUUGUGAUUCAAGUGCCACUUUAUGUUUAAUAUAUGAAACGAUUAUCUAGAUUAUACGAUUAAUGUAAGGGUAACCUAAUAUAUUAAAUUGAAAAUUGUUUUAUCAUUUUAUAUUGCAUACAUUUGUGAGAAGUGUUAUAAAGUACUAUAAUAAUUGACGGUAAUUUAAAAUAUUACACUUUUGUGUAUAGGUAAGAAUAAAGUUCUAACUUAAAUUUAGCCAUAUCAAUAUCUAUUUAAUAAAAGAUUUGUGGUAUUUUCUAUAGGCUCAAUUUGAACGUUAUUCAAAGUGACAUAUGCUUUAGAUAUUCUGUUAAUAAUAUACUUGUAGCGGUAGUUCUCUCGGUAUUAAAUCAUCCUAGGUGUAAGUUAACGUUAAGUCCUAUCGUAGGUUACGAUAAGCGUACUAUUGAUAUUUUACGGCAACGAUCGCACUUGUAAAUGUUCGUUAUGAUGAAAGUUUAUUUACAUUAUUUUUAUUUAAUAUUUAAUUUAUUGAUGGUGUGCCACAGAGAUACUCUGCCAAAAUAUAUCAUUACCAAUAUAUGAAGGGAAUGGCUAAGUAGAGGCGGCUCCCACCCACCACGCUUCGACCUGUCUCGGUCACAAUAAGCGAUUGACUAUUCUAUAAUGUACAUGAUAUAUAUAUAUAUACAUAUAUAUCAAUAUAUAUGUAUAUAUUUAUUAGUAUUUCGAGCAUCUUCCAGUGAUCUUUUAAUUAAACAUUACUAUUGUAUGGUAGUGCUAAGUUAGACGUUAAGUGAUCGCUGUACCUUAUCGAGACCCGACUCGUGGACUCUUCACAAAUUAAUGUAAUAAGUCAAUGGUGACUGCGUGCAGCGGAGCGCGAGCCUGCGCCCUCGCCCGCAGCUCGCGUCGGAUCCUUAGUGUCUAGUUCUUAAUGUUUGGUGUAUGAUGUGUUCAGUUAGUAACAAUAUUAGCAUUUUUUCUCAUUACUAUAUAAUUGUCACAUAGGGACCGAUCGGUACGGUAUUUUUAAUAUUGCCACUUUAUCGAUUGCAUAUUAUUAUUAUUAUUAUUAUUAUUAAUGAUAAAAAAAUACGCCUUUUUCGAAUCGCUUGUUACAGAAGGAUCACCGACUAUGUGUAGCGUGACCAGCUAUAUGUCACUCUAUAUGUGUCGAUGAAUAUUUUUAAUACAAAUUAAUAGUAAUUUUGGAUAAUGAAUAGUAUUUUUGAAGGCACGGUAUAUGCAAUAGACGAAAGGCCUUGCGGAUCUUAUCUAAAACGAUGAAAACAAAUUUUAUUGUUAGGUGCCAAAGAAUGUUUAUCAAAGAUAUGUGCGCGGUGUGCGGUACAUUGACAGCAUCCUCUUAUCGUUAGACAUAUCUUCCAAAUUGAUUUGCGGUACGGGUUUUAUGAUCUGAUGUUCCUAUGACACUGUUAUUGUCAAAUCCAACAAUAGUGAAGCUACGUUAACAUAACAGCCAGAUGUCAAUUCUAUUGUUGUUCGAGCUCAAUCUAUGUGAGGAUUCUCUUGUUUUAUUGAUUCUUUAUUUUUUUUUUCUCUUUUGUAUGAUAUCGAUUUAAUAGGAUAAAUAAUUUUAUUGUCUAGUGUCGUCACAGAUAUCCGAUGUCGCCUCAACGCAGUAGUCUGGUGGUAACGUGAAUUUAUUGCAGCAAUAAAGUUCAUAAAUUAAUUUUUUAUAAAAAUUUUCCAUUUUUUAAUGAAUCUAGACGAGCCGUAACCGAAUGUAUAGUGAACCAGUGCCCUUUAGAAUACGUUGUCCAUAGUAUAAAGACGGAUGAAGUCAUGCCUUGAAGUUUUUUAGUCAGUUAUAAUGUAAAGAGUACUUAACUUAAGUAAUGAGUAUGAUGUUAUUAUAAAGAGACAUAAUAUUAUAGGUGUUGUGGUUUAGUUGUGUAGUGGUUGUUUGUCGGCGUGUGUCGUCGUGUCGGCACGUGCCGGCCUGUGUCGGCAUGUGUCGGCAUGUGUCGGCGUGUGUCGGUGUGCGUCGGUGAGCCGGCCGGCCAGGUUGUGACAACUAAUUGAAUCUCCUCUCGGUUCAAGGACUGCAUAUUCUAUUAUCCUGCACACUAUUGCGCCACGUGCAAUUCAGUCUGUGUUAUUAUUAUGUUGUUGUAUAUUUAUACCUUACACCUAUACUGUAAUAUGUAUAUAUUGUGGAAUUAUAUAAUCUUAAAAGAUUUUUAAUACGCUUCACGCUUUCACUUCUAACAUUUUUUCGUGACUUGUUUCUGUUAUUUAGAAUAAAUUUACGUACCUAAAAGUAAUUAUAAUAAUUAUCAUAGAUAUAAAAUGUAAGAAAUAAUAAUAAUACAAAAAAAAAAUACAAAAAAAUACAAAAAAAAAAUGAAAAAAAUAAAAAGCAAUUAAUAAAAAACCAAUGAUUGUGCCUCAAUGAACUGUGGUACGUUACCGUAAGCGAUGGCAGGUUAAAUAGUUUCCUUGAAGUAAUUUUAAUGAAUCGUGCGCUAGGCACGGAGUGGAGUGAGUGGAGUCGGGUGAAGUCGAGUGAAGGGAGUCGUGACUAGCCGUAGACAAUAUAAGGCUGCGAGCAGCGGGGCCUCCCUCGCCUUGUGUAAUCAUUAAUGAGCUUAGCUAUGUUUUACUUUUAUUAUAAGUGUUAUGACAUCAAUCAACAUUUUAUAUAUACUUACGUGUAAAUAUUUUUAUCUAUUUAUUUAUAAUAAUUUUCUUGGUUUCCAUGAAGUUUAACCGAAUUAAUAUUUAAUAUAAUUUUAUUUAUCUCGUGUCUGAUCCGUCGGAGGUCGUGCGUGUGUUGCUGGCCGUUCAUAUACAUAUAAUAUAUUCCAUAACACUUGUAUGCCAAAGUCGAUGUCUCUAUUGCCAUUAGCGGACACCUGUCGUAUAGCCUUGGACGAUCGCUCCGGGAUCUCUGGCAUCACAAUAAUUAUUGAACGUACAAACGGGAGCCAUUUAUUUUAUAACAGCCGUCGUCGUGAUCGGCUUCCUAUCCAAGCUGCUCUGGUGUUAAUUUAGCUGAAGUAUUUCAUAUACUGGUUUGCUCAUAUUGUUGUUAUUAUUAUUAUUAUUAUUAUUUUUAUAAUUUUAUUCUUAUUAUAAACUCCGCGUGGCACGAGCGAUGUUUUAACGGUAAUGAGAAAAAACGAAAAACAAAUUAUGUUCGUGAUUUUCAUUAGAUUUUAAUUGAUGAUCUUUAACAAAUGGACCAUUGUUGUUUUAAGUAAUGCAUCGUAUUGCGUACACUACCGCCCUCUUGAAACUAGUUCGAUAUUAUUGGAUGCCAUACUAUUUGCCUUAUUGGACUUCCAACGAGAUCUAGAAUAAUUUAUAUACAUACAUAUAUAUAUAUAUAUAUUAACUACUAGUUUCAUAUAAGUGUGGCAUCAGUUUCAUUAGUAUGCAUUUGAAUGUGAUCUCGGACAUGAUAAUUAUUUCAAUAUAUAAUUCUUAUAGGGACCAAAUAUUUCAUGGAUAUUUAAUUGUUUGACGUAUCAACGCUUAACGAUGCUUACUAGAUGACAUCAGGACAGCUGUAGCUAUUGACGGGGACUCCCCGCUGUCGUAAGCUUAUUCUCUUAUAUAGUUGUAACUAAACAAUAUUCAAAAUGGCCUUUUUAUUUUAUAAGAUGUAAAAAAAAAAGUAGUUUUCGCUUGUUAACUUUGUUUUUUAUAUAUAUUUUUGUACGUUGAUGUCCUAACAAUAGAUUCGUAGGUGAUAUCUUGAAUGAAACUAGUCUUCCUUAACGACGCGGUUAUCGGCGGUCAGUCGGCGCAAGAGGCAAUCAUUCCUCUAGUCUUGUUUCGUGGUGCGUUUAAUUGAAUACCAAAUAUAAUCUAACGAGGGCUUUCUAUGUAGUUGUAGCGGAUGUAAAACUGUAAGGUAGCGCGUCCCGAGCAGCUUGGAAUAAAACAUUUUCAUGUUACAAGGGAAUUCAUGGUUGGGUAGUAUUAUUGUAUUGCAUUUAUUACUCCUCUUUAUAAUUUUUUUUUUUUGUUUGUAAUUAUAAUUUUUUUUCUCGUCGUCAUAGUCACUCAAGAAUAUAUUUUAUUAAUUGAGCUAAUGUCUAAAAGAGAAAAAAAAAACAAAGAUAAUUGGAAUAUCAGAGUUUAUUUAGGAUGUUUCAUAUUUUACAUUUUAGUGUUUAAAAUAUCUAAAAUUUACCUUAAUUAUAUAGUAAAUGGAUUUUUGUAUUAUUGGUAUAUAGCUGUAAGACAAAGGGUGUUCUUGAACGACACAACUGUUUAAUACAAAAUAAUGUACUGAGGUGACUUUACACGUAAACAGAGGGCCAUUGAAUAAAAAAAAAAAUAUGUUGAAUGUAAGCUAAAAUUCUCUAUAUGAUAAUUUAUAAUGAAUGUGAUCGCUUGAGGAUAUUUUUAACCGGUCGAUGUAAUGUUAUUAUAUGAAGCUAGUUGAUAUAUAUACGAGUAUGUCACUGAUCGCAUUUGAUUCCUCCUAGUUUAUGAAUGAUGGCCAACCCCCCACCACAGUUAAUUGAUGCAGUAGACUCGCUGCUGCUCGCUAACUACACGACACACUGCUCUAGUCUCCAAGCAUUAGGACAUCGCUUUAAACGAGCUUUUGUUAUCCUGCAUAAUUAUUAUUCAUAUCCUUAUAUGGGAGAUUAUUCCUAUGAUUCUUUAUCUAGAUCUCUGUUGUACCUGUGUGAAUAAAAGAAAAAAAAAUAAUGUUAAAAAAAAUAAAUAAAAAUGAUUUAAUUAUUAAACGUUUCGCGUAUUUCUAGAAUCGCGCCGUUCUUUAUAUACGUAACUAAUUAAAUUAUCUCUUACGACCAAUCUUUUCUACCUUCAAAUGGGAUCCGUUCAGAUAGCUAUAUGAUUUUCCUUGUUCCGUAUCUCUAUACGUACAGACGUGUCUUGUGUACACAAAUACUCCAACCGUCUUAAAAUUAGUCACUUUUGUACCUUCUUAUGUACUUGAAUAAAAUAAAAACCUAUGUAAGUGAUGAACGACUAAUCCAAUUCUGAAAAAUAUACUUAAUUUAAAUUAUGACAGACUGAUAGCUGUGAUUAAGAAGAAUAUUUUUAAUAUUAACCAGUGAGUCGGAUGCGGAAUAUUUAUUUUAAUAGAGGUUUCCUACUGCCAUCGACACGUUUAUGACGAUACAUACUGCUUCGCAUAUUUUUUUACUUAGUAGUUUAAAAAAGAAAAUUAAUAAUAAAUAAAAUUGGAAUAAGUUUUAGAUGUAUGAACAAAUCAAAUCGUUCGUUAAGUUUUUUUUUUUGUUAGCAGAUGUCAUAUACGUGACAUCUGUACCUACAACGUAAGUUUGCCACGUCAAACUUCAUACGGAUAGUUUCGAGUUCGUUCACAAAUCGUUUAUGAAUGACAGACUAUAGAACCUCCGUGUAUAUCGUUACGACGCGAACUUGUUGUAAGGUACUCGCUGUACGCGCAGACGGAUGUCAUAUAACCGGCAAUUUGUUUUUGUAACAAUCUCUCCCUCAACCUAUUGGAUUCGGAUCUUAAACGUUGCAUAUCGUCCUACAUUUCUUAAUCGAAUAUAUUUUUCUUUUGUAUCCAUAAAGAUCCGUUGUAUAUCGGAUGUGGAUUUUGCGGAAAAAAAAAAUUAAUUAAUUUGUUAUCAUAAUAAUGGAAGGACUUAAUCGAUUGCCUUUAGUAUUCGUAGUGUUGGUUCUCUCUAAAGUAAUGAAUAAUUGCCGUUUCGUUUCCUUUUUGUAUAAUAAAAUAUAUUUUUCGGUACCACCUUUGAUUUAAAGUACAACGUAGUUAUAUUAAAGCGUGUCUCAGUAACCUAAUACAUAACUAUAUCAUAACUAAUAGGUUUUUUUUUUUUUAAAUUAAUAAGUUAAUAGUUUUAAGCUGGCUGGUCUCAUUAAACCAACUUGUACUCCUCUCGUUAUUCUGUACAUGACUCGUAUUUUUAGGCGAAUACAAAAAAAAAAAUCUAAACUUUUAAUAUCAAUAGACUUUAGACGAGUGAAAAAAUUAAAAGAUUUCUCUGCGUAAGUCUCUGUGAUGAGAGAAAUUUAAUUCUAAACAUUUAGUAUUAACAGGUAAAUGAAACAGGUGAUUAAAUGAAAAUUAUAUUAUAUUUAUACGUCGCUCGUUCCCGAUGUCGCAGUCGGCGGGCAUCGGGGCGAUAAUGUAACCACGUCUCACUAUAAGUGUUGCCUGUUUCAUUGUGACAAAAAGUUGAACUUUUUAGAUCUUUUCGCGCAAAGGGUUGUGUAUUAAUUUUUAUGUAGUACAAAUGUGUUCGCAAUUUGAUUGCUUCUGUAGUGUUCCUUAAGUUCUUUAUAUAUUUUUCGGCAUUUAUUUGUAACACGUAUAUUCUCAACAUACACACAUAUAUAUAAUAAAUUGUAUUCGUGUAAGUCGGGGUGUGCGAGGCGAGCUGUUGUAUAGCUGCGUCGCCUGGAGAGGUUUCAGCCCUCUCAUUGUAAACACGAUCGAUACAUGUGCCUUGCUAACAGCCGGCGUUCAGAUCAGAGCUCGCUUCUAACAAACCGUUUCCUAGUACCAAAUAAGAGGAGCAUAGCACCGCCGGUCAUAUCGUCCUUGUCUUUAUUACCUCAUAUAAAUAACCUCACGUAUAUAAUUUAUAUUUUUCCGUACUUACAAAGCGCACUGCACUGUUAUUUGGUACACCCCCCACCUGUUUUAAUUAUUAUUAUUUGUCUUUAAUAAAAUAUUAUUAUUUUUUUUUUUAAGUUAUUUUAAGAUAUAUCAUCAUGAAUUUGUGUCAGCGUAUCAAAUGUUUAAUAUAUAUAUAAAUAUAUAUAUAUAUAUAUAUAUAUAUUUUAAUCGUUAUUUUCUGAGACUACCUAAAGCAAUGUAUUUUAACAAACAGGAGAACAAUAAUUAUUAUGUAAGUGUAACAGUUAGUGAAUUUAAGUGUGCUAUUUUCCAUUCCAGAACUCAACGAUAAUAUCAAUGUUCAUGUAAUAAUACUUACGUUCGGGUUUUUUUUUUAUAUAAAAAAAAAAAAGAAAAAGAUGUUAUUAUUGUAUAAUUAAAAAAAAAAAUAACCUUAUGUGAUUGAAAUGCAAUGUUUAGAAGUAUUUUAUUCUUUAUUUUUUACCAUUAAAUAAUAGUUAGUAGAGAUCUAUUUGAGAGUCUAAUGUAUCAAUUAUUUGUAAAGUUGGCUGUAACUAAUUAGAAGUUACGUUUAAGUAGAAAUAUUUUAAUAUAAACAUUUGGAGAAAGUUUUUAUGUAGAUGACGGAUAGUUGUUUUGAUCAUUAUGUGAAGUGUUGCAUGGUAUUUAUGAUAUGAUAUGAUAUGAUAAGUUGUCUAUGUAAGUCUAGUAUCGUAACGUGUCGUACGUGUUUACGUUACGUAGCGCAAUGUGUACGCACAAGGGAGGGGCGGGCGUGCUCACGUAAACCCUGAACUCUUACUGCACAGCACUGCUAGUAUAAUUCAGUUGUGUAAGGAUAUUUUUCUUACAUUUCAUAUAAGAGUAAUGUUUAUAGUAUAGGCAAUAAUGUUUAACAAAAGUCCCUAUGUAAUCGAACUGACGACAGAAACGCUGUUAUAUUUGUGGCCUCUUUAUGAAUAAGAUCUAAGUUACAAUGUUAAAGAAAAAAAAAAAUUAAUUUUGCUAUGCACAGAAAUGAUACUCAAUUAAUUGCCAAAAAGUUAUAUGUA